AUGAGCUACAAUAUCCCCAUCCGACAGUCCUCCUCUGCCUCGUCACAAAAUAAUGACUCCCGCUCCUUCACGUCUUCUUACGCCGCCCCAUCUGCCGAGGCCAUCAGUGGCCGGCCCCUCAGAGAGCCGCUGCGAGAUUUCGCUCCCAUUGGCGAUCGCCUUAUAGUCGGCGUUGAUUUUGGCACUACUUUUUCUGGAGUUGCCGCUGUAUAUACCGGUACCCCUGACGAUGUGGAGAUCAUCAAGUCAUGGCCUGGCGGCAACGGCAUCACCUCUGAUAAGGUCCCCACCGAGAUUUCAUAUGAAGUACCGGCCAACUCACCCGAGGGGACGCCGCCAAAAGUGAAAUGGGGCCUUCAGUUCCGCCCCGAGGAGUCGAGGUUGCGCUGCAUCAAGCUGUUCCUGGACCGGUCGCAGAAGCUGCCCUUCUACGUGAGCCCGCUGGAGACGGCGGCCCAGCUCAGGCGCUACAACAAGACGGUUGUAGACGCCGUCAGCGACUACCUCACGCAGAUCUACAAGCACACGCUCGACACCUUGACCCGCCGCUAUGGGGAGUCCUUCAUGGCCUCGACCAAGAUCGACUUUGUCCUCACCUGCCCGGCCGUAUGGUCCGACGCCGCCAAGAACACGACCUUGCAGGCCGCCGAGAGGGCCGGCAUGGGCUCCAGGUCGCAGAUCCAGAUGAUCAGCGAGCCCGAGGCCGCCGCCGUCUACACGCUCAAGGCCAUACAGCCCAACCACCUUAACGUCGGCGAUAACUUUAUAGUGUGCGACGGUGGUGGUGGCACAGUAGAUCUUAUUGCGUAUAAAAUAAUAUCCCUCAAACCUCUCCGCGUCGAAGAGUCUGCCGUCGGGACCGGCGGUCUCUGUGGCAGUGCUUUCCUGAACUACAGGUUUGAAGAGCACGUUAAGAACAGGCUUGGCGCUGGCAAGUUCGAUGAGAUCAAGGUCAAGAAGAACAAGACGUGGCAAAUGGCGCUGAGGUACUUUGAGGACUUUGUAAAGCGCAACUUCAACGAGGAUGAGCACCAGGAAAUCAACGUGCCAUUCCCCGGUCUUCCCGAUGACGAAGAAGCUCAGAUUGACUCGGGCUUCAUGGUUAUGACGGCAACGCAAAUCAAGGAAAUAUUCGAACCGGUCGUCAAGGAGGUGUGCGAUCUGGUCCAAGGCCAGGUGGAGGGGCUUCGAGCCAAGGGGGGCAUCGUGUCAGGAAUCAUCCUCGUGGGUGGAUUUGGUCAGAGCGAUUAUCUCUACCGGCGACUCAAGUCGCACUUUACCAGCGCGGCGCCGCCACCAUAUAGCGAGCGGCCGACGCACACCAGCGCAUCCGAUCCAUACAUGGAACACGCCUCCAUCGAGGUCAUGCAGCCGCUGUACGCCUGGACGGCCGUCGUGCGUGGCGCCGUGCUGAGGGGUCUCGAGGGCAACAUGGUCAUCUCGCGCAAGGCGAGGUAUCACUACGGCACGUCAUAUGCCACGGUAUACGACGAGGAGAAACACUCCGUCACGGAGAGAUACUGGUCGCCGUUGUGGGAGCGGUGGAUGGUUUCUGACCGGAUGCAGUGGCAUAUUGCCAAGGGAGAGGCAAUAUCGCCCAUGUCGCCCAUAGCAUUCCACUACACGCGGAACUUCAGGCCCGGCCAGUCGCUGGUCGUGACUGACGAUCUGAUCGCCUGCGACGCCGACGAGCCGCCUGCUGCGUACACGCGGGACCUGAUACAUACGUGCACGCUGACGACGAACCUGAACGCGGUUCCGCGGAGCUUGUUCACCCGGCUCACGACGACGCGGGGGGUCGAGUUUGACAACCUCGACUUUACGCUCGAGAUGAUUGUCGACAGCGCGGGCCUGGGCUUUGAGCUCAAGGUUGAGGGUGUGAGGUAUGGCAGGGUCGAGGCCGAGUUUCAUUGA